UAGGGCGGGAGGCGGGUGCUUCACUCGUCUUGUGGUGGGACUAUCAUCACCACCACUAUCAUUGGGCACCCACCUCCCCGCCCAGCCCACCUCACGCCCGCACCCGUAAUAUUUUGAUUUUGGAAUCGCCCCUGUUACCGUCCAGGAGAAAAACAAGUCCGUUUUGACUUCAAGUUAUAGCGGACUUUGCGAGCCAUCAUCAAGUGCGCGUGUGUGUGCCUGGCCCCCACCUCCCUCAGUGCCUUGUGAAGUGCCACCUUAUACUUGGGAAAAGUUACCCUUUCAUACAUCUCUACACCUGUGUUUCCAUCCAGCCAAAAUUUCAACUUGAGAAGGCUUAUAUAGUGUAAGAUCAAGUUUAGUUACAAAUUGAAAGGGAGAAAAUUAGCGUGUGCCAGGAGUGCCUGAAUUAUAGCUCUCAGGGAGUGUAGGGGAGGGGAUGAGUGGGUAAGGCUUCAUCCUCCCACCACAACUACCACCAUAACCACCACAACCAUUGCGGUUCAUCAUGACAAGAGCUACAGUUAUCCUUCUAUUGGUUACCCUGAUGCUGGGCAGUCAGAGCAGAGCGGUACCACUGAGAGGUCAUGGCGGGGUCAUCUUCGGUAGCGAAUUUCUGCGAAUCUUGGAUCCUCGAGCACGACCUCCGGCCCGGAGCAACCCUUAUGAGACGCCAGGAGCUGCAUCAACCACAUUGCAUGAAGGAGGAGUUGUUGCUCACCCAACGUCUGAGCAUGAGACGAGAACCUUGCUAGAGACUCGAGGUGGCAAACCAACUCAAGAUAGCCUAACUUUCAGCUCAGGACAUUCGCAUAAUUCCAGCCCUAUUGUGUCCUCUUCUCAAAUUUCUUCCUCUUCAUCUUCCUCUUCCUCAACAGACAGCGUAUUUCAACAGCUUGACUCUUCCCCUGGGGUCAAACAGCACCCCAGAAGGUUACCUCAGAAAACCGUGGACAGCAAUCGUCUUAUCCCCAUCAAGAAGUUCACUACAUCGAACUCCAACAACGUGAAGUCCACCAUCAGCUCCAUCCUCGAUGGCAGAGACAACGCCAGAGGCACCUUAGCAGUUACAAAUCAUCCUGACAAUUUACCCACUGAUGAUUAUGAUUACACUUACUACCUAGAUGACCUCUACCCGCUAACAAGCUCGGCGUUAGAGUCUGGGAAAGAAUCAGUAACAGCUGGGGAUGUGUUACCACAAGCUUCCAACAAUCAGCAAUCCACCAAAGCCAUGCCAGAGGUUGAAGCAGAUUCGAGAGUCACCCAGAGUGCGCCUCUCAUAGACAUCACACUGCCUGGGACUUCUCACAAACUGGAGAGAAAAAGAGCUGGGACUAGGUUAGCAACCUCAGUUGCUCUUGCCAUAAAUGAGACCGCUUCAACUACAAUCACGCCGCAAAAGACCAUCAUGUUUACGACAACUAAACGACCUACAACAAAGCGAUCGGUUUUCAGAUAUCAAACUACAACUGAAUCUGCACAGAAAAUUAAGAUAACGGAAGAAAAUUCUACCAUGUCUCAAAACCCGACAUCAGAGCGUAUUAGCAAAGUUCCUUCAUCACCAAGAGAAAGUUCCUCUGCUUCAACUUCACUAAGUCAGAAGCUCUUAGGGACCUCUGAUACUUUGGUCGAGGUUCCAAAAUCAAGGACUUCAGUGACUGUGAGAGCUUCAGCAAGAUCAUCUCUGCUCGUGACACCUUCACCACUAACUGUAAAAACCAAGGAAAUUCCAGUCUCCACGAAAUCCCUUCUGGUCGUCACAACCCAGGUCUCUGAGCAAGAGGUACAUGAUGCUGCUCAGAAGCUAAAAGGCGCAAGUAGUAACGUACUGGGGAAUUUUCGUUACACCACAGCAGUGCCAAAGAAUGAAUCAAGAGAAAACGAGAGCAAUACACAUGAGGUUAUCACUCAAGGCAAUACUCUGAAGAGCUUGGAAGGCAGCUCAUCAUCGUCAGUAGUCGUGGAAGUGCGCGUAGAAGCCCCCCGCCGAGAACCACGAGUACUAGCGACUGGUGAUGCUGUUCCUCUCAUACAGACUGUCACUCGGGGGACCACGAAGGUGUCAUCACUACCCUCAAGGACAGUGCACGCUGUUAACUCAGACCGUCACCCUACCAGCUUCCUUCUGAGUGAUCCUUUAGUAGUGGACGUGGCUGCUGAACCCACCACAAGUGACCAUAGCCCAAACUCGGUGCCCCCACGUCGCCAUCUUGUCGUCCUACCCAAAGAUGAAACCACCACCCCAAGCACAACGACUACCACUAUUAUUACUGCUAGUGAAACAACUACUCUUAGCGAAAUGACUCACACCAGUAUCCACAGUGAAACGACUAGCACUACUACUACCCCUAAUGAAAUGACAACCACUCCGCUUACAACUACUACCACCACUACAGCAACUACAAACUCCACGGAGGUCCCACCACAGUUGGAUCAAGUAAAGGGUCUGUCAUCAAACAAAGCACUUGAGGAAAUACAAGUUAACAGAGGUAAGGAUAGAUCAGUGCAGUUUGAAACAUCGGUAGUGGAGGUGUCCGGAUCCGUGGGUUCGGACGCACACAUUCUGACUGGAGAAGUAAUAGAAACUCAAGCACAAAGUCAACCUGAGAGCCGGGAAAGGGAUGGGAGGAUCUUAGAAAUAAAAAAUUCAAACCCACAUCAGCAGUUUCAGAGUCAGAGGGUGAGUACCUCCGUGUCGAGAACAGAGGCACGCACCGCAGGGCACGUCUCAAGCGUCAAUUCCCGGGAGACUAUACCACAACCAAUAUCUACCACAACCAUACCACAGUCCUCCACCACUACCAACACCACCGCUAAUGUUGAAACCACUUCCUCUGGUAAUAGCUCGCUACCCCGAGUUCGCCUGUCACUUGUAAGUUCCCCUAAAGCCCAGCAUGGGUUGGCACCAUUUGGCCAAGCACCAUUUGGCCAAGCUCCUGGAGGACUUGCUCCUUUUGGAAAUUCCCCGUCGGGUCUAGCACCCCAUGGUCUAGUGCCAGGAGGGCUCCAUCCUCAUGGGCUGGCUCCAAAAGGUUAUGGUAUAAAACGGCCAUCACUCUCUAAUCUUAAUACCACUACCACCUCUACCAAAGCCCCACAAAGCAGCGGAACACGUCUCACUUUCGUGGAUGCGACUGUGGCGGAAGGAGGCGCUGAUGCAAACAGCACUGUAGGGUAUGUCGUGGAGGAACAUAACAUCAGCCGCUUCCGUUUGGAGGAGAAAACCCCAGACGGGUUCAUCAUUGGAGAGUACGGCGUUGUGGACCACAGCACGGGUGAUGUGAAUGGCGUCCGCUAUACUGCCGACAGCACAGCAGAUCCCCACCUCAUCUACGAGACACUCAUGAAGUUCCUGGAGUUGUAAAGGAAUGUGCAGCAUGUGGAGCGACUCCUUCACACUGUGGUGAUCUCCACACUGUACAUUCUUAACAGAUUGUCUCAAUGCACAGCACAUCGUUGUCACUGCACUUUCCAACACCCACACUGCAUUAACUAUCACCAUUUCAGCAUUCACGUUAAGAAGCGGUACUUUAGUAAAAAAACAACAGUGUAAAUUCGACACAAAAUAGUCAUAAUAAUCAUGUAAUUAAAAACCAGGGUGCUACAAAACUAACUCCUUUAGAUAUGUUAUAUAACUUAUAUUAAUUUAUAUCUACAGUAUACCAAACAGUAAAAAAAAUAAUUGGAUAAUAUUUUAAAGGUUAAUGUUGCAGUUAGGUUUGCUAUCAGGCAUUUAUUAGGGUAUGAGAGGUAUGGAGUUGGGUUUGUGGUCAAGUUGGUGGUGAGGGAGGCGUCAGUGUGCUGUGUCAGGGACGUCAAUUGUUGGUCGUGUUAGCAUCAGUCGUCGCUAUUUAUUUCAGCGGUAUUUAUAUGAAACAAGUCUUCCGCUACAGCUAUGACACUGGAGUGCAUCUUCAUGCACUACGUUAUUGGUUAUUCUCAUUAAAACAAAACAAAACAAUAAAAAAUUCUCGUAAUUUUGUGCAUCGUCGUUGGUGAUAAAAAUAAGACAUAGUGUUCACUAAACUCCGAGAUAGUGGGUAGAUGCUGGACGCGGCCUACAGUACCUUUUUUAUCUGUGAUUUAUAUUUGUGAUGCUCACCUGUAUUGUAGAAGACAUUCCUAUUGUUACCACACUUGUCAAGACUGGGCAUUCAUGUGACUUGUAGCAUCUAUGUGUGACCUUAGUUAAAGCUCACUUGCCAAGGAUUUACUCUUUUACAGCAAUAUUUGGUUAUGUUUGCACUUUUCUUCACUAGAAUAAUGUUUAUCUCGUGUUGGCCGUGAUCAAGAGGCACAAUGAGAGUCAAAAGUGGAGCUGCUUGCCCUCUACUACAAAAUGGUGCAUUUUAUGAGUUGCUUCUAAGUUGUUUUUACAAUUUAGACCUGUGUGCUUCUAUGGGCAUUCCUUGGGAAACGGCAGAGUUAUGUAUAUAAAGGAAAGUUAGACAUAGUAUAGAAAAUGUAAAACUAGACUGCAGGUAGGAUACUGCAGUGAAUGAAGUAUUAUGACCUAGAACUUUAUCUGUGUACUUCCUGAUUGAGUCAAAAAAGGUGACAAGUCUCAGCAGGAGAUAUGUAAACAUUCUAGGCAACUUGCUCAGACUUAAGUCUGGAUAGGUGGAUUGAUAGCUGCAUGUCGAGCAGCAGUCACGACAUGUGGCUGUCUACCACUCACGUCAUGUUACAGUAUUGAGUACGAGCUUCAACUCUCCCGCAUCACCCCAGCUGGUGCAGCAAACACUUAAGACAAAAAUACUCCAGGAAACGCUUUAUUUUGGAGGCUGUGGAUUUGUAAUUACUGGCCGAGGAUUAUCUUAAAAAUUGUGACGAAAUGUGAAAAACAUUUGUUUGAUAAUAUUGAGCAAGAGUAUGUUUCCAUUAAACUUGAAUUAACAUUCAGUCUACUUGAAGUGUUGGCAGGUCGCAUACUUUUCACUAGAUGUCCUGUGUCGGUAAGUAAAAUUCACAAUAAUUAAACAUUCUUUUAGUCUCAAAAGUAUCACUUUUAUGAUGUUUUAAGUGCUUAAUGAAACACUUUUAAUAUGUUCACCACAUGCCUCAAAAUAACUGUUUCCUUGAUGCUUCAUGCUUGCUCAAAUGCACAGACAGACACAGAGACAGACACAGACAUAUAGUUGGUUACCAAGCACCUGAGGGUUACUUCUUAAUGCCACAUUCGUCAUUCUGCUUCCCACUAACCCCCCCCCCCUGACCGUCCGUUUCCCCCGUGGCGCUCAUAUAGUAUUACUCAACGCUGGUCUCAAAUCACACCGCUCAAGAUGCAUGUCAACAUAGAAAUAUCCUCACUCUAAAAAAAAGAAAAAGAUGUUUCGGGUUCCAUGUUAGAAUGGGCACCAUACUGCUUUUGAGUGUAUUUUUUAAGUAAUUUCUUCUUAGAAACAGUACUGGAUAGGCAGCCUCCUCCUCUUAGCACUAUACUGUAAUCAUAACUAUCUCUGAAACCCACAAAUAGUUUCGCUUCAGACGUGCACAAUACACAUUUGCUUUCUGAGUCACUGUGCUAUGAAGUCACACUGAACACCAGUACAGCCCUGAAGCUAGGCUGAAAAAACUGGAUAGGUGCCAGCCGCGCUCAUUUCAACAGCCACAUCCAUACCCUCUUACGUUUAUUUGUUUCUGCGUAAAAUUAUUUACAUUAUUUCAUUCAUUGUUUGCCUCUGUCAUCUUUAAUUUUGCUCCAUUUUCUAUCCUUCAUUUAUGUUUUUUUUUAAUUGGUAUUAUAAUGGUACUGCAUAUCAUCAACAGUGUAAUUUAGAGAAGUAACAUAAGAAAAUAGGUCUUAAUAUUGAACCAACAAAACUUUUUAUAAUUGAGUGCUGGGUCGCAUAAAAAUUUUAUUUUAAAUUUUGAGAUAGUACAUACUACCAAAUGUCAGAUUGGAUGAACGGGACAGGAUUUUUCAUCGGCCGAGGACGAAAGCGACUUCUUUGAGUGAUUAGUGGGAUUACUUGUGGUAGCUGACUGAAAAUGUAUUCCCUCCUAAGUUGUUAUAUAGUAAAUACUGUAAUUGAACUUUUGUAAUUUAGUUUUACAAUCAGUAGGGGUAGGUUAAACUUGUCAUAAUCAUAGGUAACUAAAACUCUUCAGUGACUACCACAGUACGGGUUUUACACUUUUCUUAAUGAUCAGUGGUACAUAACGCUUGCUCAGCUGGAGCAGUCAUCGCUGGUGAGGUCUUCAACAAGAUUCAUAUAAUUCAAUUGACAUGCCUCUUCUAUCUCAAGUCUCCUACAAUAAUUCUAAAAGACCUCUGUCGUUUCAAAAUCUAAAGAUUAUAUCGUGUUUUUCCUUUCAAAGGCCUGAUAAUUUUUUCGUAUGUAUAACUCUUGGCGAUAGGCAUUGCAGACUUAUUGACUCUCGAGAUGUUCAUACAUGGCAUUGUUCUUGAUAGUGGCAAAACACCUCAGUCUGUGUUGUUAUUGUUACAGAAACAUACGUAAACAUUAAAAACUGUUCUGUGGCUGUCUUCCUACAAUCACAAGUGGUAGAAAACAGAAACAAAGUUUGGGGGAAGGGGUGGAACGCAAAACCCGUAGGGAUCAUACAGCUACUGGGGAAUGGGAAGCAAUCAGGCCCUAUCCAAGGAAUGGUAGGUCAGGUCCAAUUCCUUGGAUCAAGAGCCCCUCGCCAGCGUCAAGGAACCUCCCUUGAGUGGACAUCGUCUUGGAAUCUUUGGACUGUACAACUAAUGUUUUUUUUUUCUUACUGAAACAUCUUUUGAUUACUUUCUACUCUAAGAAUCUACUUUUGCCGAUGGUCAAGUCAUAUCCUAUGUAAAUGCUGCUGGUCCUUGUCAGCUCCUACACCCAAUUUCAGGGCUGUCUGGUGUGCCAAUUCAUGUUUUCUGUGUUGGCAAUAUACACUUUGAGUUUUGAGUCAGAGUUUUGAUAUCAAGUUUGAUAGUAUUGUUAACUUGUAUUUCUGGUAUCAUAGUAGAUGCAUAUCAUUUAAUGUUAAAAAAAUCAAUCCUAAAUAUGUAAUAGACGAGAAAUAUAAAGAAAUAAUUAUGAAAAACUUUUGUUAUUUCUCCUCAGUUCCUGAAAUACGCACUUUUGUAUGUAGUGUAAUGUUUUAAAUGAGUGAAUAUAAUCAAAAUAGUUCAUGUUUUACCUCCAGGACGAGAGUUAACGUAAGAAAGAAGGAACACUGCAACAGGCCUACUGACCCAUGCGGAGC